AUGAAUAGAACAGAAUCUUGGAGUGGUGGAACUGAGGAAGAGUAUGAAACUCAACAUUUUGGUUUUGGAGCCCAACGUUUUAAAAUUGCUGUGCGACAAAUGGUGAAAGAUAAAAUUAGAGAGGGCGUCAAGGAAAUGGAAUCGUUUUUGCAAGAGGAAUUAGAUCUGAACAACACUGAUAAAGCAGAUUUAACGCAGUCUUGUGAAGACGAGAUUCAACGGCAACAAGUGUCUGAAGAGGAAUAUAAUAAAUUGAAAGAAGAAGUAGCAUUAUUGCGAUAA